AUGGCCACAGUGUUACAUCAGACAAGGUCAGUACCGGUUUUGAUACCGUUUGAACAGUGGUUCAAGCUGCUGGAUUACUUGCAAAAAUUAUCUAUUGAUGAAGUAUUUUCAAUGUCGAUUCGAUAUUUGAUCCAGCACGACGCAUCUUUCGUUGCGUCAGCGUUCGAAUUCUGCCUUGAAGAACUGGAAACAGCAGCAGCUGGUAAAGCGUACGAAGCUGUUUUAUGGACGCAACGGGAGCUCCAUCGUCCAGAUCAAAUUGUGCUGGAAGAGCCAGGAAUUGAACUUGUUAUUUGGCUGCUAGACGCGCUACUAGCAGCUUCUACACACUCGUCAUUGUGUCUUUCUGUUGAUGGUGCGAAGAUUAUUUUACGCCGUCUACGACGUUGUCUUGGCACGACGAAUUUGCCGCUGAAGUUUGUCAUCCUUCGCACUAUCAGCAGAGUAUUGAGAGCCAUAGAAAAUGUCGACAAAGACAUGGUAAACGAGGCACAACUGGUUGUCCAAGACUUCUUAACUGCAGCUGUUGUAAGACACAGUCGCGAGUUGAGUCAAGGUCGACUGUUGUUCUCUCAGUAUCUCCAGGGGUACGUGGAACUGCUGCACGUUCUACAGGGCGUUACUGGGUUUAACGUGGCCCCAACACCUGCCGCUCAUAUGGUCGCUAGUAGCAGUGGAGAUGCGUUGGAAUCGGAAGGUUGUUUGCUGCUGUUUGACCGCAAACGCACUCGCAGUAGCUUGUUAUCCUUCGCAGACGACAACCUCAGUGUGUCGUACUCUGGGAAUGAGGUAUGGAAAGCUGCGUGUGCCUUCACGAGCUUCUCGACUGGCGUGCAUUCAUGGCUGGUGCGUAUUGAAAAGUCUAGUUCUCCGUAUCUCUUUGUAGGGGUCGCUACUCGACAAGCGAACUUGGAUUCAUUCCUUGGAGCGGACGAUCAAUCCUGGGGUUUUAUUGGCGAUAAAGCACUGUACUACCAGCGGAACCGCAUACGAGCAUACGGCGAGACAUUCACGGAAGGAGAUUGCAUUGGGUUACGGCUGGAUUGCGAAAAAGGCGAGCUUUCGUUUAGUAAAAAUGGAGUGGAUUUGGGUGUGGCGUUCGAUAAUAUUGUGAGUUCAGUGUCCCCCGCUGUGGCCUUUUACUCGCGACAUCAGAAGAUCUCCUUCGUUAAGGAUAGUUGUACCGGUGAGACUAAUAUACCUCCGACUGGAGAGCUAGAAGACGCGGGUGUGGAGGACUGUUUAAUAGCCUGUGAGCUGAUGGCCAACUGGGUGGAUAAAAGACCCAUGCGAGUGGAAAUGGCUGCUACUACGUUCGAAAUGACGGCAGAAUGGCUCGCCGGAUCUAUUAAACACGUUACCACGCGAUCCGGGAAAUCCCUCUGGGUGGAUGUUACGCGAGGAACAUGUGAAAAAGCUGGGUUUUAUUGCGAUGAUAAAGUCCGCACACCUCGUGGGAGUGGAGUUGUAAUGGGCGUGGCAGGCGGACGGAUCUGGGUGGAAGUCGACAAUGAACCUGGAGCGUGGUUCUUCCAUCCGUCCAAACUACGCUUAGUGGCGAGCGCAACAACACCCAGUUCCACUACUCCAGUUGACAACUUAAAUAUCCCACCAGACUCUUUAAAUGACCCACAUUUGGGUUCAAAAGUGGACAUAUCUUCGCCCUUUACUCUUUCUCGAGAAGAACUCGUUGAGUAUGGGGAACAUUAUUUGUGGACUGUAGCAGUGGAUCGUGAGCUUCUAAGUGUGAUUGACGAUUUCUGUGAGGUAUCUCGCACUAGUCCGUGGAAUCUGACACCCAAUCAACUGCUCAAUGUUGUCAAAGAGAAGACUGCUGUACUAGAGCUUACGUCCUUUAGUAAUGUACUUGCGAUGCCUCAGCCUGACAAGAUGAUCGUCGCACGGCUCGCAAUACUGCGCUUCUGCAACAUGUACAUCAGUCGCGCUUUACCCUUUUUCGACCUUUCAUGGCACUACUUUUUACCGGAUUCCAACUCGUUGCCGUGUCGACUAGUGUCACAAUGUCGCGGUAGUCUCUUUGUCUGUGUAAAAAACACACUUUGGACAGCGUUGAUGGAAAAAACCGCUAAUUCACCCAAAAAAUCUGACGACGAGUACGAUUAUCCCGAAGAUUUACCGCAGCUACAAGUGAACCGGCUGAAGGCAGCAGCAGCAAAAUGUCACGAAGGAACAGUCAGCAGUUUGCUCUCAUCCCUCUUUGGCCAGUCGUUUGAAGAGCUCCAUUUCUUACCUAUUAAAACGCUACGUAUGGUCUACUCCCACCCAAUGGAUGACGGUCAAUUACGAAGCUUUAAAGUUAAGUUCGAGGGAGAAGGAGUGGAUGACUAUGGUGGUCCAUAUCGAGAGUUCUUUUCGCAAUUCUUCGCCGAGUUACAGAUGCUUAACGUACCCGAAGGCGAAGAUAAUGGGUCCACAAGUUCGGAGUAUACUGCGAAUGGAGGACCCAGUAGUACGUCGCUGAAAGUGGACCCCAAUGUAUCCGUAUCAGCGUGUGUCUUGCCCUUUCUUCUGCCUAGUCCGAAUUGGCGGAAUGGCGUUGGAGCCAACCGUGAGAAAUUCGUACUUAAUGGAGCUCUUAUCGAGCGUCAAAUACAUGAUAAGAAGGUAUCGUGUUUAUCUGGAGAAAGCGCUGAAGAGAAACGACAACUUUAUUGUGAAAUGUUUUUCUUUAUCGGUCAGAUGAUCGGUAUUUGUCUACGCACGCGUGUGUGCGUUCGUCUCGAUCUGGCAAUGUCAGUGUGGAAACAACUAGUGGUUGAAGACGACUCGAACCCGGAGAGUGCGCUAGCAACGCUCAAAGAGAUCGAUUUCGUCGCGUAUUCAUUAUGGAAGACGUUGAAAGGUAUUUUAGACGAGUUUAAACGUCAAAAUUCAAAGCAGGAAGGGCUAGAAGAACGACUAGAAGCGAUGGAUUUGGUCUUUACGACUGUAUUAUCCGAUGGACGUACAGUUGAUCUCUGUGAAGAUGGCUCCAAUACUGCGGUGACUUUGAACAAUCUGCAAGAAUAUAUAGAUUCUAUGCUUCGAGCACGGAUCCAAGAAACGCAAGAGGUGGUGAAUAUAGUAAAGCAGGGACUGCACUCCAUUAUGCCGGUGUCUGCAUUGGCUCUUCUGACGUGGAAUGAGCUUGAGAAACGCAUGUGUGGCGUUGCGGAAGUGGACGUGAAGCUAUUGCAGAUUAAUACCGAGUACGACGAAGAUUUGUCGAUGAACGACGAGUUUAUUCAGAGAUUUUGGCGCGUGCUGGAAAGUCUCGAAGCGGAGGAUAAACGAGCCUUCCUGCGGUUUGUGUGGGCCCGGUCUCGUUUGCCUUUGGGCUCAGCACAGUUCCACCAGAAAUUUAAGAUCCAAGCGCUUGCGUCUUCGGGUAAUGGAGACGCGAACGGCUCAUCGUCAGGACCCCCUGGAGGCUGGAUGGACUCGCAGAUGCCGAAGUCGCAUACGUGUUUCUUCGCACUCCAACUCCCACGAUAUUCCAGCGACGAAAUCUGCCGCGAACGACUUUUGUAUGCUGUGCGCAAUUGCGUCGAAAUGGAUGGAGACUUCCGUCUUGCUGACACGGAAAUGACAGGCUGGACGGGUAUCAGUCCGACAGAUCAGCUUCGAAUUUGA